AAAGUUCCAAUUGUUUUCAUCGGUCGCGCCCUGUCACAGUGUCAACAGCAGCACAACAUCGGCCAUCUGUGGUGUCACACAUUCUUAUUAUCAUCAUCAUCAUCACUAUUAUUCUAUACACACUCACUCACACACAGUGACACUUUUAUAGUGUAUGAGAAAAAAAAAGUAUUAUGAGUGUAAAGACCGCGAGAGAAACAUAACUGUCACGCAUCUUGUUGAGGAAAAAAAGGGUCGGCCAGAUGCGUUCGCACAACGUCACGUGCGCUUGGCGAUUUUUUUAUACUGCCGGGAAUACGGACCAUGUCCAAAUUGUCAAGGUCUGAAGCUAUUAAACACAUCAAAAAUUGGACCACCGACGAGGUCAUUCAAGCACUCAAAAAGAAUGGUCUUGAUGAGUGCUGUGAAGCUGUAUUGAAACGUCAAAUUGAUGGUGAUGAACUUUGGCACUUGACAGAGGGAAAAUUAGCGCUUUGGAAGCGUGACUUAACGCGCUCACAAACAUGGAGUCUUUGGGGAUUUGUCGAGGAGCUAAAUCGUGUUCCGGAAGAGCAUGUAUCAGUGGCGAGUAUAGUUCAAGUGGAUCAAGAACCCGUCAGCGAUUCUGGAUCAUGGGGAACAGACUUCGAAGACGACGAAGAGGACGAUGACCCACUAACCAAAAAGAAUCCUGUGCUACGUAAAAAUAAUCCAACUCUACAACAACGCACAGACUUUCGAAAUAGUUUAAUGAUGUUUCAGAAGCACGAAAAACUUGCUCAAGAAAUUAAUAAUACUUCUACGUGUACUAAUAAAACUAAUAAUAGGCCUGAUAGUAUUUAUAUGAACUGUGGAUCUGAUUCAAGUGCUGCAGAUCAAGAGAAUGCUUACAUGAAUUUUGAGCAAGAGGAGAAAUUAAAGUCAAAAACUGUCUCGCAGUUACACAAAAAAUUUGAGCAAACGCUGGCUAGUCAACUGAAGGAACAAUUGAAAUUACGAUACCCGGAAAGUAAGCCAACAAUUAAAAAACCUGAAAUGCCGGACAGAUCUACAAAGCCGAAAACUAAAGUAUUUUCUCCUGCAAAUACACCAAGCCAAGUUGUUGAUGGUAAAGAAAUAAAAAAACCUGCUGUUCCUCCACCAAGGCCUGAAAAAUGUCCACGAGUAUUUGAAAAAUCCGACGAUCUUCCUAAACCUCCGGUGAUGCUUAGAAAUUUUGACCUUGUGGCUAAUCUUCCAACUAAAACUGAUGAAAGUGAGGACGAGUAUGAGGCUUUUGAUGAACAAAUUAUUGAACAAAAUCGCAUAAAACUGGGUAGUAAUCAAUCACUUAUACAAAAAUCUAUUGAAAUUGUUUAUAAGCCUCCAAGUACAACGAGCCAAGAGAAUCAAGAGGAUUAUGAAAUUUAUGAAUGCAUUACAGAGAAUCCGGACGACAAUGCUUAUUAUAUUCAACCACUUCCGAAUCCAAACGCAAAUGAUCCACCUCCGACGUCGGUAAUUUCAAGUACAAUAGAAUCAACUCCCACGUUAACGUCAUCAACAAGAUCUCUAAAUAAAAUUGAACGUUCACCAGAAAAAAAAUCAGCAACUCUACCACACUCUGGCAGUAACACAUCUCUAUCAGCGGAAAUGAGAGCUACUCGACCGUUACCACCACCUCCGUUUGGACAAUCUUACAUGGAAUCAUCGUGGUUUCAUAAUGUUACACGUGAACAAGCUAUUGCUCUUAUCAAAGAACGCGCUCGUAAUGGAUAUUUUUUACUAAGACCAUCGACGUCAGAUCUCAAUAAUCCUUUAGUUCUUGUGCUUUGGUUUAAAGACAGAGUUUACAAUGUUCCUGUAAGAAAAAGAACUGAUAGCAGAUAUGCAUUAGGAUCAUUAAAAGCCGACGAACAAACUUUUGCAACCGUUGAAGAAAUUGUUAAAUUUUAUUCAAAAGACGAAUUAGUUUUAUACUCCGGUGGAAUACAGAUGGGUCGUACGAGAUUAGCUGAUACGCCUUCUAAAUAAUGAAUAAUAAUAAUAUACCAUCAGUGCAUUUUAAAUAAAUUUU